UUAGACUCGGGGUGAAAAGAAUAAACUGAGGAGCUAAAGUUCUAUCUGGUUUAUGAAUGAGAUCAUAACUUUUUUUGUAGGUAUAAGGAGGUUUAGCUGUUUCUCUCAUCUGUUACCUAAGUUCGGAUCAGUGAUAUUAAUACUUACAACUUCAGACUUGGCAUAGCAAAAUAAAGUAGGCAGUUAAUAAUGUUUUAGCUAAAUAUGAAUGGCUUGAAACAGAUUUCCCGAUCUGCUGCAAUGAAUUUGUCAUUUGAUGACUAAAUGCUUCAUCUCUUUGGCAGGCACUUAACAAUCUAGGCAGUGUCUAUGUUGAUUGUGGGAAGCUAGACUCUGCAGCUGAUUGCUAUAUCAAUGCAUUGAAAAUCAGGCACACCAGGGCACAUCAGGGCCUUGCCCGUGUCCAUUAUCUAAGAAACGACAAGGCAGCUGCAUAUGAGGAAAUGACCAAACUGAUAGAGAAAGCUCGGAACAAUGCUUCUGCAUAUGAGAAGAGGUCUGAGUACUGUGAUCGUGACCUGACCAAGAUUGAUCUGGAGAUGGUAACAAAACUAGACCCACUUCGUGUAUACCCCUACAGAUACAGAGCUGCAGGUCAGAUAGUCAUCUUCUCCACUCCUCUGAAUAUCUCUGCCUUGUCUAUCCUCCCAUAAUGCUAUUUAACAAACAUCCACUGUACUUUGAUUUUUAACAAAUACGUCGCUUUGUUGUAGUUUGGACAGAUCCAUGAUCAAUAUGUUGGUUAGUCGCUUUUAGUCCCUCGAUCAAAACUUCCAUCAGAAUUUAGUUGUAGUUUGGAUCUAGAGUAGUCAAAGCGUUUUAGAUGACUCAAAUGUCACUUUUGCUGAAAGGUGAUCUUUUCGUCCCCCAAUUCAGUUCUUAAGCCCAACAUAUCUCAUUCUUUCUCUUACGGAUACAUCUGUCAUUUGGGAGAUGAAAGGGGGUGUAAAAGAUGCAUUUCUUGCUUACCGUGACAUGCAAGUCAUCAAGAUAUGAUGGGUCGGCCUCAUUGUUGAUGUGAAUUUUGAUGAAAUUCAGUGACUUGUUUUCUUAUAAUUUAUAUUACAAGGAUGUAUUUCUUAAAAUGACAGCAGAUCUGCACAUGUACUAAAAAUGCAAUAAGUCCUUCGUUUCUUUUUAUUCCUAGGAUUGUUCUGCUGCUAUUCGUUUCAGCAGCAAUCGGUGCUGGAGUUUGCAAUGCUUUUAGGCUGCGAAACCGUUGUUGGAUCUGAGCCUGACCUUGAAAUUUGGUUUUUUGAUGAAAGCAGUGUUAAUGGACAGCCAAAAGGAGAAAGAGGCUAUUGAAGAGCUGUCAAGGGCAAUUGCUUUCAAAGCCGACCUCCAUCUCCUACACUUGAGGGCAGCGUUCCAUGAGCACAUUGGGGACGUCACAGGUGCCCUACGAGACUGUCGAGCAGCUCUCUCUGUGGACCCGAACCAUCAAGAAAUGCUCGAGCUUCAUAGCCGCGUAAACAGCCACGAGCCUUGAAAGUUGAAACCCCAUUCGAAAUGAUGCUGAAGCCACCUCCCUCUUUGUCCAGAGGCAUACAGUUUAAGAAGGUUUGUACUAUUGUAUACUACCAAGUCUCAUCAUGCAUGUAACAUUCCGUCUGAUAGCAAUUCUUUUGGUUUCUUUUGUAAUUUAAUUAGAGAUGUUACAUCUUUUUGUAACUUAGUAGGCAGGUCAAUGGCAAAAAUCAAUAUCAAUCUGUGGCCGCGUUUUGUUUUUUCUCUAUCCUCCAAGAAGCAGCCGAGAUGCAUUAUCAUCAUGUUCAAGCGACAAGCAUAUACACAACUUGUCAACACACUCUACAUCCAUCUAUUGAGAUUGAACACCAGCUGUGUUUGACGUUAGUCUAAUGCAAGGUAAAUAUUGGCAAUUACGGGAACAAGACAGGACCCAUAAUUUUGGAGUAUCACGUUCUAGGCUUCUAGGAAAGAGGAAAAGUUGUUACACAACACUUACUUUUGAUCUUUGAUUUUACUAAUCUAUGGAUCUUAAAAUUGUACGCUAUUCAUUAUUAAAAAAUUUAAACUCUU